AAAGAGGGAAUUACCUGACCUUGAAGAGUCGGGGGGAAGUAGAAAGGCGGGUUAAGUCAUAACGAAAAUAAGCCCUACAGAGAGAGACGAAACGAGACGAGACGAGACGAGAAAGAGCGAUAAAACGAAGUGUGAGUGAUUCAGUUGUUUUGAUCGAUUGAUACAAAGUGGGAGGGAGAAGAGAAGUGAAAAGAAAUCUCUGCGAUUGUGUGUUUAGGAAGGAUCUGAAUGGAAAGAGAGAGAAUGGGAGAUGUAGCAGAUAAAUUGGCGUAUUUCCAAGCGAUCACGGGUUUAGAAGAUCCCGACCUCUGCACUGAAAUUCUCGCCGCUCACGGUUGGGACCUUGAACUCGCCGUCUCGUCAUUUACUACUACCACUACUUCUUCUUCUUCUUCUUCUAACCCCACCGCCACAAUCACCGACACUCAACCGCACCGUAACAACCAUGUUCCCUCCUCCAAUCCUCCUCCUCCUCCCCCGGGUUUGGCUUGGAAACUCAUCACGUUACCCGUUUCCGUUAUUUCCGGCAGUCUAGGGUUGAUAUCCGGCGCCAUCGGCUUGGGCCUAUGGGCCGCUGGUGGCGUCCUUUCUUACUCCCUCGGCUUCAUCGGCUUAGGCUCUUCCUCCUCUUCCUCGUCGGCGCCGUUGGUUUCCGUUUCGGCGGCGACUUCCGAGGCGAUGGAAUUCGUGGCAGCGUUUGAGAGGGAUUAUGGGGGCACGAGGCCGAAUUUCGUGACCGAGGGGUUCAUGGACGCGCUUCAGCGCUCGAGGAAUGCCUUCAAGCUUCUCUUCGUUUACUUGCAUUCCCCUGAUCAUCCUGAUACGCCGUCGUUUUGCCAGAGGACGCUCUGUUCUGACACUUUUGCUGCUUUUGUCAACGAGAAUUUCGUGUGUUGGGGUGGUAGCAUUCGCGCUAGCGAAGGGUUUAAGAUGAGUAACAGCUUGAAGGCUUCUCGAUUCCCCUUUUGUGCUCUCGUCAUGGCCGCUACCAAUCAGAGAAUCGCGCUUCUUCAACAGGUUGAAGGUCCAAAAUCCCCUGAGGAGAUGCUUGUGACUCUACAGAGAGUGCUUGAAGAAAGUUCCCCAGUUCUUGUUGCAGCUAGGCUCGAUGCAGAAGAAAGACGGAAUAAUAUGCGCUUAAGGGAGGAGCAAGAUGCUGCAUACAUGGCUGCACUUGAAGCUGAUCAAGCUAGAGAACGGCAGAGGAAAGAAGAAGAAGAACGUCUUGCAAGGGAAGCUGCUGAAGCUGAGAGAAAGCGCCAAGAAGAAGAGGAGGCCAGAGAGAGAGCAGCGCAAGAAGCUGCAGAGAAACAAGCUGCAUUAGCUAAAAUGCGUCAAGAGAAAGCUCAGUCCCUUGGCGAAGAACCUGAAAAAGGAGCUAAUGUUACACAGGUUUUGGUACGGUUUCCAAAUGGUGAACGCAAAGAAAGGAGGUUUAACAGCACAGCAACAAUUCAGUCUUUAUACGACUAUGUUGACUCCUUGGAUUGUUUAGAAACCGAGAGUUACAGCCUAGUCUCCAAUUUUCCUCGGGUUGUUUAUGGACAAGAAAAGUUGACACUGUCAUUGAAGGAAGCAGGAUUGCAUCCUCAAGCCAGCCUGUUUGUGGAGCUCAGUUCAUGAAAAUAAAACUUGCCAAAUAAUCUUACGAAUACAUAAAGAGGAGGCCUGCAAAUAGGGAAUUCUGUGAUGUUUUACUUUUCUGUUUAAAAAAUAUUGACUUGAUGAACAAUUAUAACAUUAGAUAUAUGAUAGAUUGUCGUGGUUUCUGUUCUUAUUUUCCAUUGAAUCAAUCAAGCAGAUAGCGUUACAUGGAGAUGAUUUAGAAUAACCGAUAUAUGUAUUUGGCCGUUCUCUCAAAUAGGAAGCUCCCCGUGUUACUUAUCUAUAUAUUUUGUUUCCGAUCAGAUCAAAUAUGUAUUCCAGAUUGUUGAUAGAUAGAGUGGUCGGGUAAUAAUAUUUCUACCUUUGUCUAUUGCUGCAUUUGUAUUUGAGGAAUCCUAAUUACACUCUUUUGAAUAUAUUUUUAAUACACUUUUGUUUGGUUAGCU